AUGUCUUUCGGAGACGACCCCAACGAUCCCCUCAGCCAGUCCGUCAAUGCGACCAAAGCGAAUUACGUCCAGCUGGGGAAGAGUGGCCUGCGAGUUUCCGUCCCCAUCCUCGGUGCCAUGAGCUUUGGGCACAAGGAAUGGCAGCCAUGGGUAUUGGAAGAGGAAGAAGCUCUCCCCGUGCUCAAAGCAGCGUACGAUCGAGGCGUCAACACCUGGGACACGGCAAAUGUCUACAGCAACGGGGGUUCCGAGGAGAUCAUCGCCUCGGCCAUGAAGAGGUAUCAGAUCCCACGCGAAAAGGUCGUGAUCCUGACCAAAUGCUUUGGCUACGUGGGUGAGGAGCCCGGCACGCGAGUUGUGGGUCGAGACGGCAAGGCGAAGCAGUCCAAAGACUACGUCAAUCGGGGAGGGCUCUCACGAAGAGCGAUCUUUGAUGCUGUGGACAAGAGUCUCAAGAGGCUGGGAACCGAUUAUAUCGAUCUGCUCCAGAUCCAUCGCUUUGACGCUUUUACGCCCAUGGAGGAGACGAUGGAGGCUCUGCAUGAUCUGAAGAAGAUGGGCAAGAUCCUUUACAUUGGCGCCUCAAGCAUGUGGACAUACCAGUUCGCCCAAGUAUGUCCUCUGCGUGGAUGGACUCACUUCUAUCUUGUGCUGACGUAUCUUGCAGUUGCAAUUCACCGCCGAGAAGAACGGUUGGACCAAGGUAAGGCCCCUCGUGCUGCGAAUCUCACUUGCUUGGCUGGGAUAAUACUAAUGGUCUAACAGUUCGUUUCAAUGCAAAACCACUACAACUUGUUGUAUCGGGAAGAAGAGCGCGAGAUGAACAAGUUCUGCCACGAAACAGGCGUGGGACUUAUCCCGUGGGCGCCAUUGUGCCGGGGUCACUUGGCUCGACCUCACUCUGCAUUUGGCACCACGAGCAGGUCUCAGGGAGAACAGCUGAAGACCAUGUUCCAGAGCGGCCACACGGAUCCGGAUCGAGAAAUCAUCGAACGGGUCGAGCAACUCGCUGGCAAGAAAGGCUGGGCGAUGAGCUCUGUCGCGUUAGCAUGGAUCAACAAGAGAGUAUCCAGUCCCAUCAUUGGCUUUAGCAGUGUCGAGAGGAUCGAUGAAGCGCUGGAGGCGAGAGGGAAAGAGCUGACGACCGAGGAAGAGAAGUACCUGGAGGAGCUGUACGUGACCAGGGAUAUCCAAGGCCACCAGUAG